UGACGGACACUAAAGGACACUCUGAGGCUUCUGAUCGGGUGUAACCAUGGUCUUGAUCCUGGGCCGGCGGUUAAACCGCGAGGAGUCGGGGCUCCACGACUCCCCGGCGGUCAAACGCAAAGUCUUCGAGGUUGACUCCAAGACCCUGGGCGUCCACGACGACGUUUAUGACUUCUGCUCCGGGCCCUCUCACGCGGAGAGCGUGCUCCAGGUCUUCAACGAGUUCCGGGACAGCCGUCUCUUCACCGACGUGGUGAUCAGCGUCCAGGGCAGGGAGUUUCCGUGCCACCGCGCCGUGCUCUCGGCCUGCAGCAGCUACUUCCGCGCCAUGUUCUGUAACGACCACCGAGAGAGCAGGGAGAUGCUCGUGGAGAUCAACGGCAUCCUGGCGGAAGCCAUGGACACUUUCCUGCAGUACGUCUACACGGGCCACGCCAAGAUCACGACCGACAACGUGCAGUUUCUCUUCGAGACGUCCAGCCUCUUCCAGAUCAACGCGUUACGCGACGCUUGCGCCAAGUUCCUCGAGGACCAGCUGGACCCUUGCAAUUGCCUGGGCAUCCAGCGUUUCGCCGACGCCCACUCCCUCAAGCAGCUGGCCAGCCGUUGCCGUGCCUACGCCCUGCAGAACUUUCCGGAAGUGGCGCAGCACGAGGAGUUCCUCGACCUGAGGCGUGACGAGCUGGAGGAGUACCUCUGCAGCGAUGAGCUGGUGAUUGAGAGGGAGGAGAUGGUGUUUGAGGCUGUGAUGCGAUGGGUGUACCACAGCGUGGAGUAUCGGAGGCCAAUGCUGAAGGAACUCCUCCAGCACGUCAGGCUGCCACUGCUGCACCCAAACUACUUCGUACAGACGGUGGAGGGUGAUCAGCUGAUCCAGAACGCUCCGGAGUGUUACCAGCUCCUCCACGAGGCUCGCCGCUACCAUGUUCUGGGCAACGAGAUGAUGUCACCGCGAACCAUGCCUCGCAGGUCCACGGGGUAUUCGGAGGUGAUCGUCGUGGUGGGGGGCUGUGAGAGAAUCGGGGGGUUUAAUCUGCCCUACACGGAAUGCUACGACCCCGUCACCGGAGAGUGGAGGUCUCUCGCCAAACUGCCGGAGUUCACCAAGUCGGAAUAUGCCGUCUGUGCUCUUCGCAACGACAUCCUAGUGUCAGGUGGACGCAUUAACAGCCGAGACGUGUGGAUGUACAACUCUCAGCUCAAUCUGUGGAUCCGUGUCGCCUCUCUCAACAAGGGACGCUGGAGACACAAGAUGGCCGUCCUACUGGGGAAGGCGUACGCCGUUGGUGGCUAUGACGGACAGUGUCGUCUGAGUAACGUGGAGUGUUACGAUUCUUUCUCUAACCGAUGGACUGAGGUUGCUCCUAUGAAAGAGGCGGUCAGUUCUCCAGCCGUGGCCAGCUGUGCAGGGAAGCUCUUCGUCAUCGGUGGAGGUCCUGACGACAACACCUGCUCUGACAAGGUGCAGAGCUACGACCCAGAGACGGACAGCUGGCAGCUCCGAGCCAACAUCCCCAUCGCCAGACGCUGCAUCACAGCCGUGUCUCUCAACAACCUCAUCUACGUCUCCGGGGGUCUCACUAAAUCCAUCUUCUGCUACGACCCCGUCCAGGACUACUGGAUGCAUGUGGUCCACACUUUCAGCAAACAGGAGAGCUGUGGCAUGUCGGUGUGUAACGGGAAGAUUUUCAUCCUGGGGGGUCGUGGGGAGAACGGAGAGGCAUCUGACAGCAUCCUGUGUUACGACCCCGCCUCUGGCAUCAUCACGGGCGUGGCUGCCAUGCCACGCCCCAUAUCUUACCACGGCUGUGUCACCAUACACCGUUACAACGAAAGUUUGCACAGACCCUGACACACACAUAACCACACACACACACACACACACACACACAGCAUACACCAUACAGCCAGCAUACACCGUACACCACUGCAACUGUCUACACACCUUGACACGCACACAUAUGAAGACUUUAACACAGCAUACUCUGCUACAAAUCCUUAAAUUCAUACACACACACACACACACACACAAACCCUGAGACACAUUCAGCACACACACAGACACACACACACGAUGCACUCAUACAAACCCUGAGACACAUUCAGCACACACACA